UUUUAUUGAACCAUAUAAAUGCCCGGCACUUCUCAAAAUAUGUCAUUGGCUGUAAAAUGUACAUCAAGUUGGUUCUUGUCAUCUGCACGGCAAGCGUGCUCGGGUCUGUGAAUGGGGACUAUUUCACUCCCAGUGCGGAAGUUGGUAGAAGGGUGGCUAAGUUCGACCCGAAAGUAAGCCGGGGAUACCCCUUCGAGCUAGGACUAGGUAUCUACUACCAGGGUGACAUAAUGCUUGCGCCAACCGAGAAAACGAGAGUAUCUGUUUCCGAACGAUACGCUUCUAGAUUCUGGCCAGGUGGACGCGUCCCAUACGAAAUUUUGGGAAGCUUCGAUGAGGCUCAGCUCAAAACUAUCCAGGAGGGCAUGGACAUGUACAAAGAGCAUACGUGUAUCCGGUUCGUUCCGAAAACCGACGCUGACACCUCGUGGAUUAAAUUCUUGAACAACGAUACAGGAUGCUACUCGUAUGUUGGAAGGCAACGGAAUAACCAAUAUAAUCUCAUCAAUCUCCAAACGCCAACGUGCCUGUAUGCCGUAGGACCACCCGUCCAUGAAAUGAUGCACGCCAUUGGCUUUUAUCACGAAUUCACGCGACCCGAUCGCGACGAUUGGAUUUCGCUCAACAAGAGUGCUCUGGUCGAUGAACUGCAGGAGGAGAGCGAUUUCAAUGCCAACUUUGGCAAGUUGGACCCCAACGAAGUAGAUCUCUACGGUAUAGCUUAUAACUACGGCAGUGUAAUGCAUUACUCAAAGUACGCGGGAGCCAGAAGUGCCGAUUAUCCGGUGAUGAAUAAUAAGAAACCUUGGGACGGUGAUUUCGGAAACGAAAAAGGAUUUGCCGCUUCCGAUAUAGAAUCAAUCAAUAUACGAUACAAGUGUUCCAAAAAGAAGAAAUCAGCUGGUGGUAAACAGAAAAAGCAGAAGCUCAACAAAUUGAAGGCAUCGAAAUCUGAAUAAGAGUGAUACCUCACUGUUUUUGACACUAAUUCUUCUCAAAUAAAAUAGAUUUACAAGGUUGCCGGGAUUUAAAAUAAAUGGUGAAUAAAUAAAAGUCGUUUAGAAUGGA